AAUUUUACAGAGAAUUUUAUUCAUUUCUGAAUCCAUCUUCAAAUCAAUUUUAAACACCCUUUUCUUUUCGUAUAAGUAAAUUCACAUUCACAUUCACAUUCACAUUCACAUUCACACUCACGCUCUCAACAAUGGCCGAGACAGAAGAGGCGGCUCCCAAAAUCCUCGUCGCUGCUGCAGAGGCUCGGCGCCUCGUCCAGGAUAUCCUCAAAGGCAACGGCGUCUCCCCCGAGAAUGCGGCCACCGUAGCGCAAUGCCUCGUGGCAGCUGAUCUGCGCGGUGUCGAUACUCACGGCAUGAACCGCAUCCCGUCGUACAUGGAGCGCAUCCGCCAGGGCGUCCUGGAUGCCGGUGCACAGCCCGAGCUGAAGCAAGUAACGCCUGUUGUUGCACAAGUCGAUGGGCGCAACGGCUUCGGCUUUGUCGCUGCGCACAUGGGCAUGGCGGCCGCAAUCGAGUCGGCAAAAGUCUACGGCAUUGGGCUGGCCAGCGUGAAGCACUCGAACCACUUUGGCAUGAGCGCGUGGGUCGUGCAGCAGGCGCUGGACGCGGACAUGAUGAGCCUCGUCUUUACAAACUCGAGCCCCGCGCUGCCGGCGUGGGGUGGCAGGGAGAAGCUCAUGGGCGUGUCGCCGAUUGCGUGCGGCGCGCCGGGCCAGGGCGACAUGGAGAGCUUCAUCCUGGACAUGGCGCCGUCGGUGGCGGCGCGCGGCAAGAUUUACAAGGCGAAGCGCAGGGGCGAGAAGAUCCCGCUGGACUGGGCGCUGGACGCGGAGGGCCGGCCGACGGACGAUGCUGAGGCGGCGCUGGGCGGCGUGAUGCUGCCCAUGGGCGGGCCCAAGGGGUCGGCGCUGGCCAUCAUGAUGGAUGUCUUCUCGGGGGUGCUCUCUGGGUCUGCGUUUGCAGGGCAUGUGACGAACCCCUACGAUCCGUCCAGGCCGGCCGACGUGGGCCAUUUCCUGGUGGCUAUCAAGCCCGACUUGUUCAUGGACCUGGCUGAGUUCCGGGAGCGCAUGCAGUAUCUGUAUCAGCGGGUGGUUGGGUCGCAGAAGGCGGCCGGCGUGGAGAGGAUCUAUUUCCCGGGCGAGAUUGAGCAGUUGACGCAGAGGGAGAGGGAGAAGACGGGGAUUCCGCUGGUCAAGGCUGAGAUUGAUGCGUUGAAUGAGGAGGCGAGGAGGGUUGGGGUUGCUGGCUUGGCUGUGGAUGCAUGAUGGAUGACUUUUGAUAUUGAUUGACUGUAGACGAGAUGAUCUUUGACGCUUCAUGUAGGUAUGCAGUGCAUGUUGAUAUGCAUGUAAGACCCUGCUACGAAUAGGUAAUUUAUGGAUUCCUAUGUCUGGGCGUUCCAAGCUGCUAGCUGAUUUGUGUUCCCCGCACUCAGCUCUGAUUCAGCCGUGGGGAUGUCUCACGACA